CCUUUGGACUCCCUCGAUUGUAAAAGCUCCAGCACGACAUGGGAGGACAAAAGAACAGUCAGGCUAUUAGCGAGAGAGGAAUUCAGCCCUGCAAACCUGACCAUGAAGGAAGAGAUUAAGUCGGAUUGCCGGGCAUGGGUCCCAGAGACAAGGGCAGGCCGAUUUCAUCCGGAGGGCUCAGGCUUCCUGGAUAAACAUUCCAGCUUCUACACCAGGCUGGAGGAGAGAGAGGCCGAAGGGGACCCUGCCGUUGGGGCUGAGGGACUGAGUUCCUGGAGAAGUGACAGCCCGCUCUGGCCAGAGCCCCACGCGGAUGCCAGGCCUCAACCGAGGGGCCGGAGCAAGAGGGAAGGGCGUCCCAGGCCGCACGGAGACGGGGGCGAUCCCGGCGAGGGGGUGCCACCCGCUGCCACCCACAGGAACAAGGGGGCAAAGAGGGCCGGCCGCAAACAUGGUGCCAGCACCAGCCACACCGCCGUUCUGAGCGACGACCACCAACUGCUACUGAAAGGUCACGGCAAACGGAGGGAACACAACGCUGGCACCAAGAGGAAGAACAAGAUGCUGAGGAAAUACAGAGAGGACAUUGAUCGAGCCUUUCGACGUGGAUGGGAGCACUUCCUGUCAGAGGUUUACCGUCUGACACUCUGAGGGAUGCAGCUCGGCAUGGAUGGCUACCGGAGAGCCAGCAAUUGGGACUCACGGACAGAAACUGGGCUCCCACCCUGCCUUCAUCGAACCAAUCUCUGAAUGAACUGGGGGGGGGGGGGUGACACAGCACGUCCCUGUUGUUAUCAGAUUGCACGUUGACAGCAGAGAUAGAACACACAGCAUUCCUUUACGGAGAGAGUUUAUUGACUUGCUCAGUCUCACAGCCCCUUCACUUUAACAGCUGCUCAAUAUAUACACAUAUGGAUACAUUCCAAAUCAAGCUGUUCAGAAGUGUUGUGGGGCAGGACUUGAACUUUGGCCUCCGAGCUCAGACAUAAGGACACUACCACAGUGCCACAAGAACCCUUCCUAUAUAUAUGCAUUCAAAGACAAUUAAUACUCUCUGCCCGAUUCUUAUAACCUUAGCAAUGACACAAAUGAAACUUGAAGGAAAGGAUUGGCAAGACUUUAACACCGUUGUCAACUCUUUCAAAGAGCUAUGCAAUUAAUCACACUCCCUCUGCACUUUC